GUCAAAAGGACGCUGUGUAAAAUGAUCCACUGGUGACGAGAAGAAGCUUUUUGAAUAGUACAGGGACUUUUAUCGUUGUUUAGUUUGGUGGCACGUCAUAUUAAUGGAUUCACAACGCUGAGGAACGAGUAGCCGUUCCACUGGAUAAUCCGGUCAGAGAAAACAAACAUGUCUUCGUUGUUGAAGCUGUCCAGUAAGACGUUAUCAAAAAAGGAAAAUUCACCAUUAGCGUCACCCUUUUCCAGAUUAAACGAAAAGGACAAUGACAUUGUUACAGUUUCAACAGGAUGUUGCUACCAAAAUGACAUAGACGUUUUAUCGACGAAAGGCCAGCGAUGUCAAAUGAUACAGAUUCUUUUUCUGACACUUAUACCAAUUAUAAUUCUGACUGGGAUAACGUUGAUGGGUGUCUUAGAAAACACUCCCAAUUACGCUGUUAAAACUGUCAUAAAAGAGGGAAUAUAUACUAGUUUGGAUAUAGGAACAAUUAUUCAUGAAAUCCAAAAAGAACGUGGAGCGAGUGUUAUGUAUUUGAGCUCGAAUAGAGAUCUAUUAAUAUUUAACACACUUUUAUCAGCCUACGAAACCACAGAUAGCGCAAUUGCUGAUAUCAAUAUAUGGCCGAGAAGCAAUAAUGCUCCUAUAUACUACAGAUCUAAAGAAACGUUCUCCGAGAGAAUACAUCAGUAUCGCGAUUUAGUGAGGAACAGCAACAUAACCAGAUACGAGGCCAUUGCACUGUAUACGGCGCUUAAUGCUGUGGCUAUUGACUGGAUUGCUGAUGUUAUAGAUCUUGUUGUAUCGGGACAUCUUUCUAGAUCUAUGUUUGCAUAUCACAUGCUGCUGUUAGCCAAGGACGAGACAGGCAUAGAGCGGGCACUGGGGAGCACCUUUUACACAAAAGGAAAUUUGUCUGACUCCGAGCUGAUGAUGUACAUCGAAAAGAAAUCGGUUGCGAAUUUAUACACAAAUCUUUGCAUUACCUAUUCUACACUUGCAAACUCCAUGAUAAACGAACUCUAUGCGGACACUGAAUUAAGCGUGAUCAUAGCAGAUAUGAGAAGUGAGAUACUUGGAAACGUUAUUACACCUAAUUCUUCGUUGAAGUGGUUUGCAAAUAUGACCUCGUACAUCAACAUCCUGAAGGACAUCCAGGACACAAUAGGAACGAACAUCCUUUCGGCACUGCAGAUGGAGCUAAAUGCAGAUAACACGACUUUUUACAUGAGUAUUGGACUAAUGACCGGAGCCGUUAUCCUCUACCCUCUCAUAUUGGUAGUAGUCUUCAAACUAACUCAAAAGAUUCAUCGGGUGGUUAUUUCACUAAAAGCUCAAACAUCACUCCUUAGACAGGAGAGGAGGAAAAGCGAGGCUCUUCUUUGCGAGAUGCUUCCGAUUUCAGUGGCUAAGAAGCUGAUGGCAAACCAAAAGGUUGAACCGCGGAUGUAUCACAGCGCAACUGUGUUCUUCUCCGACGUAGUCGGCUUCACCACGAUCUGCUCAGCUUGCACUCCAUUUGAAGUGGUUGACUUUCUUAACCUGCUCUACAAUACUUUUGAUUCAACAUUAGAAGAAUACGAUGUCUACAAAGUCGAGACCAUAGGUGACGCCUAUAUGGUGGUAUCUGGGAUACCUGAAGUCAACGGAGAUCUUCACGCCAAGGAGAUAUCGUUAAUGGCAAUGGCAUUACUGGAUGCUUCUUCUAAAGUAGUUGUACCUCAUGUUUCACAAGAAAACAUUGGUGUUAAAGUUAGAGUUGGAAUACAUACCGGACCAGUCGUUUCCGGUAUAGUGGGGAUAAAGAUGCCGAGAUAUUGUUUGUUUGGCGACACCGUAAAUGUGGCUUCGAGAAUGGAAUCAACUGGAAAACCUCUUAAAAUUCAAAUUUCUGAGGUAACUGCAGAAGCCUUGAAGAAAUACGACUGUUUCCAACCAAAGUUGCGUGGUAUGGUGGAGAUAAAGGGAAAAGGAGAAAUGGUCACAUACUGGCUUGAGCGACCAGAUAGCGUCAACGACUGUGCGGAGCCAAGAUACCCGGCAUCGAUAUCCCCGCAAGUUAUUAUCCAAUAGCUAUGUACGGUGUACGCAAGGUGAUCGCACACUUUCCAAAAUUUGAAACAAAAAAAAACUCUUCAGCGAAGGCUGCACCGCAAAACAUCGCAGGUUCAAAUUUCCUUUACAAUAUGGAAAAUGACUAUGGCAGCAGGCUCAUGGAAACCUCCAUAUCGUGUAUGGUUUAGGGUGAUAUCUUAAAUUAAACGUAUACGUGUUUUUUACAGUUUAUAUUUUGCCGCAUUAGAAGAUUUAAUGACUACAUUACCUGACUAUAAAACGGGAAAGAUAUACAAAAUGUAUAAAAUUUACCACUAAAUCAGUCGGUCGUAUAUAGAGAAGGGAUCGUAAUAUUGUUUUUAAAUUAGUGAAAUACAUUGACGCCAUCAAUCUCAUUGUCAUUCUCACUACGUAACAUGAACAUCUAACGAAAUCGCAUAAGGUGUCACGUCAGGAUGACCUUUUGGAUUAGCAAAUCAAAUGACUACUUCCAGAAUCUUGGAAGUGAAUUUAUAACGUUCUUGUGACCUUUGUUAUCACAAUGUUUCACUUUCAGGUCGAAUUUUCAAUGUUUCGAUGUCAUCGAUAUCACCCUUUCCUCACAUCAUAUAUCUGAAGUUAACCAUUUCUGUACAGCAAGUAUAUAGGUAUAUGCAUCGUUGAACGAAAUGACUUGAAGCAGACCGACAGAUUACCCAAGCUAUGCAUGUACUCUAGUCAUGCUAUGUUCGCCUAUAGUUUAAUUAGAUUGCGACGCCACCACAGUACAUGUUUUUGAUACAACUAUAUUGCUUGUAGUCUUGAGCCAUUUUACCUUCCUAAUCAGACCGCGGUGGCCGAGUGGUGAAGGUGUCCCGACACUUUAUCAUUAGCCCUCCACCUCUGGGUUGCGAGUUCGAAACCUACGUGGGGCAGUUGCCAGGU